AAGCGGAUUUUACACAGCCGUAGCAACGUCAUCAAACCUGGUCUCUAUUCCAUUUCAAUGGCGCUGUCCGUCCACACGUGAUUGUAAGGAAAUAUUGUAAGAUCUUUGUUUUCUUUGCAAGUCGUCUUUAUAUUUAUUUUGAAUUACUGAGAAAGUGAAGAAACUUGGUCUUGGACCUCGGCAUCUCAAGAAAAAGGAGCUCAAACGCAGUCUGGAUGAAAUGACACAUGUACAAGAUGAGAGGAAAAAGCCAAAGAAGGGCAAAAAGAGAAAGGCUAAUGAUGAGGACUCAAAAGCAGCUUUUCCAGAAUCAGAUCUGCUGACGCCACAGAACGAUGAAACAAACACACUCGCUGCUUCAGGGAGAGCAAAAAAGAAAGCGAAGAUGAAAAAGAAAAAGAAAAGUAAAGCUGAGAGUACUGGAGAUAUGGACACCUCACAGCAGCAGGAACCAUCUGGAGCGGAGGAUGCAAACGGCUCAGAUGAUGAGAAAGAUCUGACUCCUGAGGAGAAACGAGUGCUGGAGAGAAAGAUGAAGAAGAUUCUGAAAAAGGCGGAGAAGAAGAGACUAAGGGAAGAAGGCAAAAGCAUAAAAAAAGACAAAGUCGAGUCAAAUCUUGCAGAGAAGAAGGCGCUGGAAUACCUCACAUGCUGGUCUGAGAGACGGGAGGAGUGGAAGUUUCACAAAAGCAGGCAAAUAUGGUUACUGCAGCACAUGUAUGACACCGCAAAGGUGACUGACGAUCAUUUCAAAGUGUUGCUAGCAUAUAUUGAAGGUCUGCGCGGAUUGUCGCGAGGCAUCACAUUGCAGAAAGCUGAAGCGAUUGUGCGCUGGGAAGGACAAGGAGAAGAAGAAGAUAUAGCGGAUGCUGAAAAGAAAAAACAGAGAGCCAAACAGGUCGUCCAGUUGCUGUGAUAGAUCAGAAUAUUGAACAAAUCAUCAAAAUGAACUGUUUUUGGUGCUUGUAUGAAUUUGUCAUUGUACGUUUUCAUUCAUUAAAUGAUUUCUGUGGUUUUUAUCUACCAAUAGGCUAUGCUGUGUUUUUUAAUCACGUUUAAAAUUAUAACAAGAUGGGUUUGGCUAUCUUUUAGUAUUUCACUGACAGUGUUGGGGAAAGUUACUUUUAAAAGUAAUGCAUUAGAAUAUUGUUACUGCCUAAAAAAAGUAACAUUUACCUUAAUGCGAUACAUUACUUUUGUGUUACUUUUUAAAUAAGUAAAAAAAAAAAUAAAAAAAGUUUUUAAAGAAAGAUCAACACUCAUCAGCAAUAAAAAAAUGAAACAAAUGUUAUGUCAAUUCAUUUUUGCUUGUUAGUAUGAUUGAAUUGGAUCAUCAAAUGUCAGCAGCAAAGACUUUGGUUAAUAAAAUGGGCUUAAAUACAU